CUACAAAACAUGCUUUUUUGCGUUAGUUCAGUGAUAUUUUUAGCCAACGAAUAAAUUUAGUGACAUGAACAAGUACUAGUGUGUAGUUUAGUGACACUUUUGGCAAUUUGCUCUUUGGGCGAUAGCCACCCGGAAGAAAAAAGUAUGGCAUCAGAGGAAGACUACUAAAAAGAGAGAAUGGGGACUGAGGAGAAAGACCUCGUCAAAGGAGGAGGAGGAGGAGGAGAAGAAGAUGAUGAUGAUGAUGACGACGGCCCACCGCCUGGAUUUCAUUGCAUUGCUACCCAAAUAGAAGAAAAUUUAGUUAAGGAAGAAAAAGAUGCAGAAAUUAAUGAAAAUGAAGAUGAUGAAGAUGAAGAUGUCGAUGGUCCACCACCUGGAUGGUCUUCAAUUCCUCCUGCAACCUUUCAGCCAGUUCACCCUUCUGACGUAGAAAUGUCGGACAAGCAAAAAGAGGAUGAAAAUGAAGAAGGGCCUCCACCUGGGUGGCACUCAGUUCCACUGGCCUCACAGUCAUCAGAAGCUGUUCUUGCUGAUACACAAACGGGAAAUCAUGAAGACAGAACCAAAUACAUUGAUGAAGGGUCCCAACCAGGGCAGAAAUCUGUACCUCCACUGAAGUUGCUUCCACCUACACCACCUCGACCACUACCUGCAGUAUCAUCUCCUUCGGAAAAGGGUCAGAUGGUUUGUGGUUCCUGCCGGCUGUUGCUUGCGUAUCCUCCAGGAGUCAAAUAUGUCCAGUGCUCUUGUUGCCAGACUGUCAACCUUGUUCUAGAAGAUCAUCAGGUUGGACAAGUCAAGUGCGGGGGUUGUGCAGUGUUGCUCAUGUACCCAUAUGGAGCACCAUCUGUCAGAUGUUGCUCUUGCCGCUCUGUGACAGAAAUUGGUGCUCACAACAGGCGACCCCCUCUAUCUGUGCAACAGGCUCGCCGACCGCUUUCUGUCAACCGUGUUCAUUAGAUAGCUAGUUACGCUCUAGACUUCUAGUUCUUUUUCCCAUUUAGUUAGCUGGACGUUGGUGCUGUGACUCGGCAUAUUUUGUUCCAUAAAUGAAGGCCUCACCUUGUCUAUUUUGAAUGUUGAGCCUUUCCUUGAUUGCAAAUUGUUACUACUGUAUUGUUAGCUUUUUUCCUGUAUCUGGAAUCUGGAUGCCUUCUUCUGAAGGCUACGGUAGUUUGAACUCCCGCCCACCAGUGUGGACAGAGUCCAGUGGCUAUUGUGCCACUGGUUUUUUAGUUGGAUGACUUGAGAAAAGCAUGUUCCCCACGUUGCAUGUUCAA